AUGCUCCAACGUCGCUUCGUCGCUGGUACGCGCCCAUUACGCUCGGGAUUGGGAGCAUGGUACUCGUCUGAAGCGUCGUCCUCUGUGCCAUUUCAAUCCGGGCCCUCUGCGCCAUCCUCUGAACCCUCCACCUCCACCGAGUCCUCCGCCACUCAACCAUCACCCGCCGGACCGGGCCAGGACCUCCCGUCAGAGGCUUUGGACCUCGACCAGCUGUGGCGCAGCGCACUGAGUGCUCCUGCCGCAGCGCUCAGGAAAGUCCCGCGCACCUCCUCAAAGACGCGCUCCCUCCUGGCCACCUCGACACCUACCCCUCGCGUUUUCAAGGGCGCCCUCCAUCGCACCCGCCGAGCCGAGGGCCAAACUCCUCAUGAAGCCGGCAAGUUCAACGAGACGCUAGGCAACAUUCUCUCCAACCUAGUCAACAAGAAAUGGGAAGUCGACGGCAACACCUUCCGUGCACCGGGCUCGGCGCGCGGUAAAUCUCUCAACCACCUCACGUCAGCCCCUUCCGCUUGGGGUUUCGGCCAACCACGUGUGGAGGAGGACGAUGCGGAACUCACGACGGCGCUUGACGCUCUCAAGGAGGAAUUGAGUGGUGUCCAGACUCCAGGAGAGGCGGUGCAGUGGGCGCAAGCGAAUGUGUUUGCGCGUACACCAGAAGAAGUACUCAAGGGUGGCGAGACGCCGCGUCCUCAAUGGCCAAGGACAUACCCUCGAGCGCUGGCCAAUCUCAUCAACACCCUCUGGAUGCGCAUGAACUCGCCACACCUUGCUUUGGCCAUGUUCGAGCACGCACGCACGCUUAGCGUCGAGAGUUAUCUCGCUGGGUGCCAGACAAGUGCUUAUAAUGAGCUUAUUCGGGUUCAUUGGGAGGCAUUCCGCGACCUCAACGCCGUUCUCGAUGCCGUGCAGGAGAUGGCGCAGAACGCCGUCGCGUGGGAUCGAUACACCCACGGCUUUGUCGCUGGUAUCGUGGAUGCCGCGGGCAAGGACCUGCUCGAUGCACGCAGCAAGAGCGCAACCCACCGCUGGGGCAGCGAGGCGUACACCACGCUGGCUCGGCUUGAGAAUCUCCUGCGCGAGGACCAGGAGCGCGAGGAGAGAAAGUACGAACGGCGGUCCAACACUAAGCGAAUCGCCAGGCAGGGCAGAGUGGCCGCCUGGUAG